AUGAUUGUGCUCUUCUCAGAGGCAUUAAUCGAUCUGAUGGAUGUACGGGAUGAGUCGUGGCCAGAUAUGGGUGGAACGUCAUCAAUGUAUGAGGAUGCCCUUGACGAAAACGACAGCGAAGUGGAACUCGAAGAAAUUUGCGCAGCCACCCGAAAAGCCCUGUCCACCCGAGGCGUGAACAGGCCCCGAACAAAGCCAUUGAACUUGAGUCCACCGGUACCGGCCACUUACAGUAAACAGGCCUCAUCCAGCAGCGACCACUCGAGUAUUGAAAAGAUCCAACCAGUACCUAUGAGGAGAAGCCACCAACAAAGAAGCCGAAAAUCGAAAAGUGCAGCCAGCAGCCGGGGUGACAGUGAUGAGGCUAGACAUUAUCAGCCGCAUUUUGUAUAUCCGUCUGGAGAUUGGCAUCUGUAUCCAGUCUUGUUGCAGUUAUCUCAAACCUUGCAGGCCAUGUCAAGUCAACUUCACGAUAUGGAGACAGCAAAUCGAUUACAACUACGGAUCGUUUACAGGGUCCUACGAAUUAUGUUAAAACUAAAAGAGGAUUCCUCGAAUCGCUGGUUUCCCAAAUGGCUUGUCAAUUCCUUCAAGUGGACGUUAUUUAUUCUGGUGUGGCCGUUGUUGGCCCGUUUUAUUUGGGUCUGGUACUCACGACGGCGCCACUUCAUCGCCAAAGCCAUAAUGACGUACUUG